AUCCACUUCCAUGAUGGCAGCGGCAACAUCGCGGCGGCGAUUGUUUCCAUGAACCUGGUUGUCAACACCACUGACUAACCGCACUGACCGGUGACUUUCUCCUGGCCCCGUAGACACUGGGAAAGCUUCCCGACGUCAAUUUGCCCUGCCCGUGAACGCGCCAUGGCGCCCGCCUUCACAGAGCUCCCGACCGAGAUCCUCGAAGCCAUAUUCCUGCACCUUGAUCCCCCGUCGCUCCUCUCCGUCGCGCAGACCUGUCGCCUCGUCAGGAAGCUCACGGCAGACGCGCCCCUCAUAUGGCGCCACUUCUGCCAGACGCACUUCAAGAACUGGGACCCGCAGCACGGCAUCAUCGCCAAAUUCGCGGGCCCCCUGUCGGACGUCGACUGGCGCUCAGUAUUUAUCCGACGCGUGAAGAUUGAGCAGGAGACGCUGAGGCUGCUGGACAAGCUGUUGGAGGGUCAGCAAAAUCGUAUCCGGCAUAUCAAUGAGAUUGCCGAAUUUGGGUACGAUGUUAAAGAGGUGCUGCUGAGAGAGUGCGCGUGCGACGAUGGGAAAGAGGAUGUACUGGCGAGGCGAUACUAUGCGAAUGCGAUUCUCGAAAGGGUGCAGAGGGAGCUGGCGAUGGAGGUGUGGGUGAAGCUCAAUAGAGGGGAGGACGUAUCCAUUGAAAAGGCGCUGGCGGCAUACGACAUCUUCACCCGGACAGGCGAGGAUGUGGACUACGAGACGGUUACCCGCGACCUGGACGAACUCGCACAGGGCGUCCAUCGGCAGUAUCCCGAAUUUCACACCCUGAGCGCCCGCGCGAAAGCCUCGACACUGGCAUCCUUCCUCCGCGAACAGGGCUUCCGAGGCGUAGCCGACUCGUCCUACCGCGCCCUGCGCAACUCCUUCAUUGGCCUCGUCCUCCGCUCCGAAACACACGACUCCCUUCCCCUCAUCUCCGUUGCCAUCUACUGCGCGCUUGCCCGCCGCGUCGGCCUCGACGCGCGGCCCUGCGGCUUCCUCUUCCAUGUCUACACCCUUGUCUACGCGCCCAAAGACUACACCCUCGACGGCGCCUACAAGCCCACCAGCUCCACAGACCUCGACUACAUGUACCUCGACCCCUUCCGCUCCUCGGACGAAGUCCUCGCCAAUAGCCUCCAGCGCACCCUCCGCGAAAUGGGCGUCCCCACCGCACAACACGCAACCUUCCUCUCGGACAGCACAACGCGCGACAUGGUCCUCCGCACCGCGCGCAACAUAAUGAACAGCGUGCAGACCAUCCGCCAGACCGAGGCCGGCCUCCACGGCAUAAACAGCACCUGGCACACCGCCUACCCGGACAUGGACAAUGCUUUCUAUGCUACCAUCUGGGCGAUGCUGCUCCUCGGCGCGCACGACGACACCGGCGCGCCCGGUGCCAGCCCCGCGUCCCGCCGCCGCCAGUACCUCCCCUACCUCCUCGAGCACUUCCAGACGCACUAUCCCUGGGACGUCGCACUGCUCCAGCAGUACGUUAUCCCCAUGUUCAUCCACCAGCCCGAGGGCCAGCGGCUGAUCUCGUUUGUCGAGAGCAUGCGGCGCGUCGAUGGGAUGGCGAAGCGGCCGACCAGGCGGGAUGGCGGCGCCACGGAGAAAGUUGUGUUUCGCGUGGGACAGCUGUUCCGGCACACGCGGUACCACUACGAGGGCGUAGUCACCGGGUGGGACACCGUGUGCGAUGCGGGCGAGGAGUGGAUCCAUAACAUGGGCGUGGAUAGAUUGCCCGGGGGAAGGGUACAGCCGUUUUACCAUGUGCUGGUCAGCGACAAAUCAGUGCGCUACGUCGCCGCAGAGAACAUCACGCCCUGUGAACCGGGCACGCAGCCUUCGGCUGCGCUGAUGAAGCUGGCCGGGCGCCAUUUCAAGCGGUGGGACGGCGGGAGUGGCGUUUUCGUGAGUAAUGUGCGGGACGAGUAUCCCGACGACUAGGUACGCAGCCGCGCCGAGCAUGGGCGUGUGAGCAGCGGACAGAAGGUUUGUCCCACUCAAAGAUACCCACACUCAGUGUACUUCGCUCUCACGAGUCAAAUGCUCGUCUUACUUCCACG